AACUGAUGGAUAUUUUCAAGCCGCAGUUCGUUAAAUCCACAGGUAUGGAAGAACCACUGUAUCUCAAAAGAUUGACCAUUCCAGUCAGAUUUGUAUAAGGUUUUCUAACAUGCACUGCAUGGGAAUAUUGAUGUUUUUGUGGGAGAUCAAUUACUGAAAACAGACUACAAGACUUCCACCUCAUAUGUAGGCAUUAUGUCAAAAUAAAGGAUUCGGUAAUAUUGUAGUGACUUAAAGUGGGCCUGUAGUGGAGCAUGACAUGGUUAAAGCUUUCAUCAUCAUCAUCAUCAUCAUCAUCAGAAAUUGCUAUGAAUUUUAAUCUACUUUUCAGAUUAAAGCACUUUGUAAUACAGUUUCUAUUGGAGUUUCACAUGAAUUUUGCACCAUCCCAAACCUAUAAAAUGCCUUUGAGGUAGUCACGAGUCACUUUGUACAAUAUCCGUGGAACUGAAGAUAACUUUUAAAACUGACAGCAUUUUUGUAGCGUGAGUUGUUUCAUUCUGGAUACUGUUUGCAUUGUGAUGCUUUUUCUCUGUACAUGCAGUUAUGCUCACAAUUUUUAAGAGUUCAUUGUGAGUCACGAUGAUAUUCCCGCACUUGACAAGAAUCAGUAAUGCAACCUAUUUGCAAAACUCAAUGUCAAGCAAUCUUAAUCUUGACAAUCAUUUCAUAUACGGCAAACUGGUCCUGCGCUGCUCCUCACUCCCCCAUCAUCUGCGCAAGAAGCUGGUGGGUACAGAUGAUCAGCAUCCAUAAAGAUGCCUCGUCUCUUUCACUGGGUUGGAAGAUACGAAGCUUAUGGAUUAAGUGGGAUUUGACAUCAUGUAUAAAGGACUGGAGGACUUUUGCCCUACAGUCUUACACUUGUUCAUUGCCGCCAGGUAAGUAAUUUUCUACCUGCAAUGCAAGGAGGGUAUUUAAAUCAACACAUUUUCGCCUUGAUUUUACACUGCUGCACUUUCUGCCAUUUUUGUAACUGUGUAAUGAUUACUGAAUUAUAAAGGGUAGAAUGAAAAGGUUAAUCAGCAAUUAUGAAAAAAUGACGUGCAGUUAAUUGUAGGCUAAACAGCCAUGAAAUUGGGUUAUCAUUUAAGAGUGUUGUAAACUGUACUAUUAAAGGAGGCGUGUUACAGAAUAGCUUGUAAUUGUGAUCGGUGACCUUUGUGCCUUGCAUGCUGAGAGCAUCUGUGUAUCAUGGAUGAGAGAACAGAAUGAUCACUUUCAUUUGCUUUGCAGAGUGUGGUUCCCAUAUCAGCCAGUAGGUGUCAGCAGGGUGUGUCACGAUGAGCAGCAUCGCUGUGAUCCUGUGCGGGCUCCUAUGCGUGCUAUGCGGCCAAGCCCUUGCCCUGUGCGUCCUGACGGACUACACCCUCUAUGUAGAAAAGGCUGGCUGUGAUUAUUGCGUGGCUGUCAAUACCACCAUCUGUAUGGGGCUCUGCCACUCAUGGGACACCAACAUAGUCGGGCCAGUGGGGAAACGGCUCCUGAUCCAGAGGGGCUGCAAUUACCGCUCGGUGGAGUACCGUACUGCUGUGCUGCCUGGCUGCCGCCCACACGUCACCCCGCACUUCACCUACCCGGUGGCACUGGGCUGCCACUGCAGCACCUGCAACACUGACAGCCAUGAAUGUGCCCACAAGAGUGGCCCUGAUGAUAGAGCCCAGUGCACUAAACCGCUGAGCUACACUUACCCAUACCCAGAGCAAAGCAACCACAUCCUGUCCCAUUAAGUGGUGACUACUUUUAUUUUUACCUGUUGUUCCAUUUUAAUGUAGACAGAACGAUGAUAAUGUCUUCUAACUGUAUCUGCCUGGGCCUUAGCAUCUUGAAGCUGAUUGCCAUGGACUUGCGGGUGAUUACAUUCCGCAACACAAUCGCAGUGGUAAUCCGUGUGACUGGUUGAUUUGUG